GUCACUUCUGAGGAUUGGUAGACUACAUACACGUACGUACCUAGCUAAAAACUCUAAAGCCGUAAUGGAUGGAGGAAUAAUAGCUCAAGAUCAUCGCUACACUAAGGACAAGGGCCCUGAAUUUAUUGCUACUCCAUUGGCAUUGUGCUCACACAUUUGCAGUGAACUGUUCACUCAACUGAGGACCAAACUGAACGGAGUUAUGACCAACUGUAGCAGGCAAUCCAGAGCUCUGUUUGAUGUGUCAAAGGACAAGCUAACAUCAACAACAGGACAGAAACAUUUGAGACCACCAAACACAAGCCUGUUUGACUGCUUUUACUGUGAAGGAUUCAUGUCACAUCCCGUGUGUCUCCCUUGUGGCCACUCCAUGUGCAAAACCUGUAUAGACAAGCUCAGCAGCCGGGCAUGUCCGAAAUGCAAAGAGGUGAUAACAACACGUGAGCCUGGACACAAGCCGACUCUCAUGAUGCGAAACGUUCUCAAGAAAUGUUUCCCUGAGUGGGUGGAAUCGUGCGAGUUUCGAGAGACCGGUAACACCUUUGCCAAUGAAGGAGACUUCCCUUUGGCCAUUGAGUGGUAUGAAAAGGCCAUCAGCACGGGUGUUAAAGAUCAUCGUGUCUAUGGGAACCGGUCGAGAUCGUACCUGGCAGUCAAUGAUUUGGUCCAAGCACUGGCAGAUGCUGAAAUGGCAUGUACCAUAAGACCAUUUUGGAAAAAGGGUCAUUUUCGAAGAGCGAGUGCUUUUGAGAAAUUGGGAAAAUGGAUGGAAGCAAUCGCUGCUUAUCUCCUGUGUGUUUACUUAUCUAAAGGAGACGACAAUUCUAUCAUAUUUAAAGUCUGUCAGCUAUUGGACAAACAUAUGUCAGAAUUCACCCAGUACGAGCGGAGUAUGGUUCCCCAGGGCUACCCCAUGUCUGGUGUCAAGCUGAGCAAAGAUGGAUUCACUGGGUACUCCUCCCUAACCCCUACUAUUGAUAAGAUUGUGGAGCUCUGCAUUAGCGGGAUAGCGCUGGCAAAUGACGGAUACGUGCCACCAGAUGUUGAGGCUGUAGACAUGGAUAUCAGUGAGUUUGAAUGCAGUCUCUGUACAGGUGUUGUCUACGAGCCUGUGACGGUCACGUGUGGGCACUCUUUCUGCUGUUCAUGUUCGAGGAGAGCCUUUGACCACUCACACACCUGCCCUGUCUGCCGAACAGUGCUUUAUGAGUUCUUCCAGGCCUAUUCACAUAAUUUUGGAGUGGUGAAAGUUGAUGAAAUGUUGAGCACCAUUGUCCAGUUCCACUUCCCUUUACAGUACCAGGAAAAGAAAUCUCUAAACGAGGCCGAGUUAAUGCGGAGCUUUAGAGUGGGCACUAGUGAGUCAGAGCCUCUGCCAAUAUUCGUGUGCACUCAAUCCCUGCCUGGUAUCCCCUGUCCUCUGCAUGUGUUUGAGCCUCAGUAUCGACUCAUGAUUCGGAGAUGUCUCGAAAGUGGUAGCAGACGAUUUGGAAUGUGUCCAGCAGCUAUCGAUAAUGGUACCAGUUUUGCUGACUUUGGCACAGUUCUCUAUAUCAACUCAGUGGAAUACACUCCUGAUGGUCGAUCACUCGUCAAGACUAUUGGAGAGCGGCGAUUCAGAGUGGUGAGGCGUGAUGUUGUCGACGGCUACCAUCUGGCAUGGGUAGAGUUUGUGUUUGACGAGAGAGUAACAGACAAGAGCAAGAUAGAGGCCCUAAGAGUGUUGCAGACUGAAGUGUAUUCGCAUGCUAAGAAAUGGCUAGAUGCUCUACCAUUGUCUGUAAAGGAGCUGAUGAUGCACACAGCAUGCAGUCCCCUCCCCCCUAUUGAAAAGAUCCCGGAGGUCUGUCCCAAUGGCCCCAUGUGGGUGUGGUGGUACAUCCACACCAGCCCCAUCUCUCAGCAGCAGAAAUUGGACAUGUUUACUUGCACCUCAUUAGCACAGAGACUACUCAAUCUCAGAAAUGCCUUACCCGUUGUUAAUCGCUAAUUAUUUAUUAUUUGUUGGGUGCAUUUUUUUGAACUUCAUUUUUUCUAUGCAUGCAAAGUUUCAUCUUUACACUAGAAAGAAUUAUUUCGAAACACAAA